AUGGCCGGCGCACGCAUCCCCCCCGACGGCGUCUUCGUCCCCGUCCCCACCUUCUUCAAGCCGGCCUCGUCCUCGUCGUCACUCCAGCCGGCCGUCGACGUCGAGACGCAAGUCGCGCACUCGGUGCACCUGGCGCGCAGCGGCAUCACGGGGCUCGUCCUCCUCGGCAGCACGGGCGAGGCGAUCCACCUGUCGCGGGCGGAGCGGCGCGACUUCGUCGGCGGCGUGCGCAAGGGGCUCGACGCCGCCGGUUUCCCGGACUACCCCAUCAUGGCCGGCGUGCUGACCAACAGCGUCGACGAGGUGCUCGAGUGGCUCGAGGACAGCCGCGACGCCGGCGCCCAGUGGGGCCUCGUGCUGGCGCCGGGCUACUUCGGCGCGGCGGCGAGCCAGGAGAAUUUGGUCGAGUGGUAUACCGUUGUUGCGGAUAGGAGUCCGAUUCCGAUUUUGAUUUACAACUACCCCGGCGUCACCAACAACCUGCUCGUCGCGCCCGAGACGUACGUGCGCCUGGCCGCACACCCCAACAUCGUCGGCUGCAAGAUGUCCCACGGCAACGUCUCGCACCACGUGCAAAUGUCGCUGCACCCGCAAAUCAACGCCUCCACCUUCCGCGUCUUCUCGGGCUUCGGCCAGCAGCUGGGCCCCAUCGUGCUGUUCGGCGCCGCCGGCGUCAUCGACGGCCUGGCCGCCAUCUACCCGAAGACGGUGUCGCGCCUGUUCAGCCUGGCCGCCAAGCGGCCCGUCGACGACGCGACCCUCAAGGAGAUGCAGGACCUGCAGUUCCGCGUCUCCGCCGCCGAGGAGUUCAUCGGCAAGAACGGCAUCAUCGGCAUCCGCGAGGGCAUCUACAGGGUGCUGGGUCUGGGCAACCUGGAGGGCGGCAGGCUGCCGCUGAGGGGCAAGCUGGCCGAGGGCGAGUGGGAGAAGUGGGCGACCGAGAAUGGCGCCAUGGGCGAGAUUGAGGCGAAGAUUAAUUAG